CCGAGCCGGGUUGCUAAGGAAGUGAGCGGCCGCGUUCUCUCCCCAUCCGGGGCAGCGGGGAAUGGCUGAGCCCGGGGUUCGCCGGCGCCGCCCGCUCUCGUCUGCGGCUGCAGGACCUUAGCAUCCUGAGCCAUUUGGAUUCAUAGUCCUCAAGGCUAAGCUGUCAGAGUUCAUCAUGUCCAAGUUAAAAAGCUCAGAGUCAGUCCGGGUGGUGGUUCGCUGUCGGCCCAUGAAUGGCAAAGAAAAGGCCGCAUCCUACGACAAAGUGGUAGAUGUGGAUGUGAAGCUGGGGCAGGUGUCUGUGAAGAACCCCAAAGGCACAUCCCAUGAGAUGCCCAAGACCUUCACCUUCGAUGCCGUCUAUGAUUGGAAUGCCAAGCAAUUUGAACUCUAUGACGAGACGUUCCGGCCACUUGUGGACUCUGUCCUACAGGGUUUCAAUGGCACAAUUUUUGCCUACGGACAAACAGGAACUGGGAAAACCUAUACCAUGGAGGGAGUCCGUGGUGACCCUGAGAAAAGAGGGGUCAUCCCCAACUCAUUUGAUCACAUCUUCACCCACAUCUCUCGAUCGCAGAAUCAGCAGUACCUGGUCAGGGCUUCUUACUUAGAGAUAUAUCAGGAAGAGAUCCGAGACUUGCUCUCAAAGGAUCAAACCAAAAGGCUGGAGCUCAAAGAAAGACCCGAUACAGGCGUGUACGUGAAGGAUCUGUCUUCCUUUGUCACCAAAAGUGUGAAGGAGAUAGAGCAUGUGAUGAAUGUGGGGAACCAGAACCGAUCUGUCGGUGCCACCAACAUGAACGAGCACAGCUCACGAUCACAUGCAAUCUUUGUCAUCACGAUCGAAUGCAGCGAGGUGGGCCUAGAUGGUGAAAACCACAUCCGGGUAGGAAAACUGAACCUUGUAGACCUUGCUGGCAGUGAGCGGCAAGCCAAGACUGGCGCUCAAGGGGAAAGACUGAAGGAAGCGACCAAAAUCAACCUGUCCCUUUCAGCCUUGGGUAAUGUUAUCUCUGCCCUGGUAGAUGGCAAAAGCACCCAUAUUCCAUAUAGAGACUCAAAGCUGACUAGGCUUCUCCAGGAUUCCCUUGGUGGCAAUGCCAAAACUGUGAUGGUAGCCAAUGUGGGGCCUGCCUCUUACAAUGUAGAAGAGACCCUGACCACUCUGAGAUAUGCCAAUCGUGCCAAAAACAUUAAGAACAAGCCAAGGGUCAAUGAGGACCCAAAGGAUGCUCUGCUUCGAGAAUUCCAGGAAGAAAUUGCUCGGCUCAAGGCCCAGCUGGAAAAACGUUCCAUUGGCAGGAGGAAGAGGCGAGAGAAGCGGAGGGAAGGUGGUGGCAGUGGUGGGGGUGGGGAAGAGGAGGAGGAGGAGGAGGGAGAAGAGGGUGAGGAGGAAGGGGAUGAUAAGGAUGAUUACUGGCGGGAACAGCAAGAAAAACUGGAGAUUGAGAAGCGGGCCAUUGUAGAGGAUCACAGCUUGGUUGCAGAGGAGAAGAUGAGGCUGCUGAAGGAGAAAGAAAAAAAGAUGGAGGACCUGCGACGGGAGAAGGAUGCUGCUGAGAUGCUGGGGGCCAAAAUCAAGGCCAUGGAGAGUAAGCUGCUUGUUGGAGGAAAAAAUAUAGUAGAUCAUACAAAUGAACAGCAGAAGAUCUUGGAGCAGAAGCGCCAGGAGAUCGCAGAGCAGAAACGUCGAGAAAGAGAAAUCCAGCAGCAAAUGGAAAGUCGAGAUGAGGAGACCUUGGAACUAAAAGAGACUUACACCUCGUUGCAGCAGGAGGUAGACAUCAAGACCAAAAAGCUCAAAAAGCUCUUUUCCAAGCUCCAGGCUGUGAAGGCUGAGAUCCAUGACCUGCAAGAAGAACACAUCAAGGAGCGCCAGGAGCUGGAGCAGACGCAGAACGAGCUCACCAGGGAACUUAAGCUCAAGCAUCUUAUUAUAGAAAACUUUAUCCCCUUGGAAGAGAAGAAUAAAAUUAUGAAUAGGUCCUUCUUUGAUGAUGAAGAAGACCACUGGAAAUUACACCCUCUCACCAGACUGGGGAGCCAGCAGAUGAUGAAGCGGCCAGUCUCUGCUGUGGGAUACAAGAGACCCCUAAGCCAGCACGCACGGAUGUCCAUGAUGAUUCGGCCAGAACCCCGAUACAGGGCGGAGAACAUCAUGCUCUUGGAAUUGGACAUGCCCAGCCGGACGACCAGAGAUUAUGAGGGCCCAGCCAUUUCCCCCAAGGUCCAGGCUGCACUAGAUGCAGCUCUGCAGGAUGAAGAUGAGAUACAGGUGGAUGCAUCAUCCUUUGAAAGCACUGCAAACAGAAAACCCAAGGCCCGGCCCAAGAGUGGCAGGAAGUCAGGAUCCUCCUCUUCCUCCUCAGGAAACCCUGCAUCUCAGUUUUACCCACAGUCUCGGGGGCUGGUUCCCAAGUAACCCAGCACCCCCUCCCAGGGUGGGAACAGCAUUGUCUUCUGAGAGAAGAGUGAGCACAAAACUGCAGAGAUGACUUGAGCCUAAACGCAGAACCGUUCCCCUGAGGAGAAGAGAUGGCCUCUUUGCAGAUUAAGCGACUCAUUCUGCCUGAACAUGCUGGUCCUUAUUUGGCACUCAGCUCCUCUGGGAUGUGUCCUUGAAUUAGCAUCUCAGAAAUGCAUGGGUAAGGUGAAGUGCAAAGUCCAAGUGGACAGCAAGAGAAUGACCACAGCCUUGCUUUCCUUCUUCCUCCUCUUCCCACCCUCCCUUCCUCUCCUCUCUUCUAGCCUCUUCCUCACACCAGGAUCCCUUCUUGUUACACAAUAUGGCGUCGAGGCCUCCUUAGGACCGUAUGUGAGGAGCCUUGGAGUAAGAUGACAGUGGAGCUGGGAAGUGACAGCCCUAGAGCUGCAAUAGGUGCCUGCUUUUGUCAGGUGAAAUGAGAGAUCUCACUCGGAGCCAAGUCCUAGGAUGGCACAACCAGCGAGCCAGCUCCUAGAGGCCCCUCAGUAUGAGUAGAUCUGCCUGUGGAAUCUGUUGAACAGGGAGGGCAAUGGCUUCCAGUUCCUGCUCCAGAAGGACUUGGUGUUGGGAGCAAUAGAAAAGACAUUCCCUUUGCCUCCUGGGAGAGUUUGGGGAAAUAGCUUUUUUAAAACCUCAAAACUAUGACCAUCCUGUUAAAGACCUAAGUCUAUAAACCAGUGCCAUGUCCAUCUUCCAUGUCACUUUACUCUUCCUUUGUCACCGUCUUCCUCCAAGUCCACAUGCUGAGUGGGCUCGUGUGGACCCUCCUUCAGAGUGCGCCUACAGAGUGUGCUUCAAGGUGGGUCUCUGUGGGAGAAGGGGCUGGCUCUGCCUUCUCUGAUGGGACUGGAAUUGGGGGCACUUCUGAAUUGCCCAGUUGGGUCCAUACCUGUCACGGGGGCAGAAUGAGUAGGCAGAUGCAGAGCUGGAGGCAGGAGACUCAGCAGAGGGAAGGGAAGACAGAGAUGGAAGCAAAGGAAUCCUGUCUGCCUAGAGGAGAAAGCCCACUGACUCCUGGAGGUGUGCCUCCCCUGGGUGCUGGCAAGAAGAAGCUCUGAGAGAGUAGACUCAGAGGGGAGUUCACACUUCCUGUUUACAUAGAUUAGUUCAGUGUGUAAGUUUUAGUUCUUCAUAUUCUGGCACCUCGAGCUUUAUUUUGGUCAUUAGGUGACAAUUACUCAUUUUCCCCCGAGAGAAAUGUGCGAGCGUGGGGGACUGUGUGUGCACAGUGAUGUCUGUGCUCUCAUCAUCUGUGAGGGAUACUGAAGACUUGCCAGUUUUAGAAAUACUCCAACGUGCAGCCUUUGCCUUCGUCUGUGGCAAAGCCCACUGGAUGGCUAAUCAGGCUAGAAGCACGCCCCCAUGUGUCUGAGUUCAUGAUCCAAGCCUGAGGGGACAGUCUUGAGUCCGCAAGUCUGCCACACUGGUGCACCUUGCUGGCAUGGUGCCUCAGGAAGAUGGCAACUCAAGUGGGCCUUGAGAUGCAUUUUUUAACUCAGCUGCUCAGUCUCCAUAUCAUUUCUAGAUCAGAACCUAUGGGAAGGAGGAGCUAGCAAGUGCAAUGUCUUGACAUUCUACAGAAUGGAGAUCCAUUUAUCCCCAUGUUAGUGAUCACUCUUUCUGAGCCUAGAGCCCUAUUCAGCAGUUCCUAGGGUAUAAUGGAACCUGUCUUUAUCUUUUCUUGGGCUCAAACCCUGCUCCUUAUAUACUAAGAAUUUGCCUGUUUGAAUAGGAACCAAAUGACGAGAUGUGUGGACUAAGGUGGCUGUCUGCUGGUGACACUCUCUCUACCACAUUUCCAUACAGUUAGUCUGAAUUCUGUAGGCUAAAAACAUUCAUGCAGCAAAGCAAAGGAUUGGAAACUUCAGGUAAUACCAUACCUUAAGCCGGGCGGUGGUGGCGCACGCCUUUAAUCCCAGCACUCGGGAGGCAGAGACAGGCGGAUCUCUGUGAGUUCGAGACCAGCCUGGUCUACAAGAGCUAGUUCCAGGACAGACUCCAAAACCACAGAGAAACCCUGUCUCAAAAAACCAAAAAAAAAAAAAAAAAAAAAAAAAAACCAUACCUUAAUACUGGUGUCUUGAAGUGGCUAAUAUGUUGGAGGUGGUGGUGGUUAAGUGAUCUACAGAACUUUUCCAGAGAAACAAAAGAAGAAAGCCAGCUGACAGUCAUGAUUAUUAAAGCAAGCUUUGCCCUGUCCCCAGCUGUGUUCCUACAGUGGUCUGUGGAAACCAAGUAGAAGGGCCACCCAUGUGGCAAUGAAGCUGUCUCUUCCCGGGCAGCCUCUGGUGCUUCUCUUCUCUCAACAUGGAUCCGAUAUUGAAAAAAGCAGAUGCUAAAAUGUCUUGCUGCCCCCAGAAUGCUGCUGCUUUGAGUUCUGAAUUGAGCCAAGAGUAGAGAACAUACCAGCUCUCUGAGGGACCAAAGCUUUAUACUGAUAGUUAGUUCGAAUGUUCUGGGAUGCUGGAAGGCCUUCAUGCCUGCAGCAGCUGUUGUAGCCUAGAAGCAAGUCUUUAAAAGGAUCUAAGAAGACCAUCCGGGAGGUGUUUGCAGCUACGCAUACAAUCCUCAUCAGACUCUCUUUCCCUCUGAUCUGUAGAAUGUAUCUGGCUUCAUAUGACACAAUUUCCAGACCCCUAGAUUCAGAAUCAGAGGCCACAAAUCAUAGGCAUGAAGCACUUUCUUAAGACUGACCUGUGUCAAAUUCCCCCGUCAGAUGCCUGCAUGCUGCUUGAACUGCUCCACCUACACCUCCAUGACCCAGGGUGCCAGAGUGUGGUACAGCUCAGGCGUGGGCCUGUCUGCCCUUCCUUACCUUAUUAAGUCCUCCCUCACUGAAUGUAGACUCUGCCAAGUUCCUGAGAAGCGUCGACUCCUUGCUAACAUAGGCUAUCCAGUUCUGCCUCACCUUUGCCUCUCGAGUUUGAGGAGCAUUGUGAACACCUUGGACCAUCCAGACACCAUCAUGGAUGAAAUGGGCUACUAAUGUACUCUGAAAGCCAUAAAGCAAAGCUCAGAGGGAGCUAGGUAAGAUAGUCAGUCCCACAGUUGUCAUUCAAGUCUUGGUCUGGUACUUUGGGAUUCUGGCACCUUCCUCUCUGUCUGUCUCUUGAAUAAAAAUGCUUCUGAGGUUAUUUAUGAAGGGAAUGAUGUGGGCAGGCAGAAGGUGGGGGCUUGAUGGCUCUUUGGAGUUACUAAUGAUCUUGACCUUCUCUUAGGCUGUCUUUAGACAAAGGAUAUGCCAAUACUUGGGACUUUUAAGUUUUACAAUUGAUAUUUAUUUGUAUUAUCUCUUUAUCUAGCGAUGUAAAAGUGAUUCUAAACUAAGAUGUGUAAUAAAAAAUCAAUCAGAUUUAUUG